CUCAUACGCUUGAAGUUUCGCGGGAAUCGAAAGACUGGGCAGAAGUUGAGAGAAGAACGUGUGGUUUGUUUACAGUUUAUUUUGGAGGUUGUUGUCAACGUUUUGAAAUGGACCAGGACGAAUAUUACACGCAAGAAGAUCUUUCUGUCCCCCUCAAGGAACCUCUUGAUCUAAAUGAGCUACGGAAUCCUUUGAGUGAAGGCCAAAGUUUUCAGCUCAAAGAGGAUUGUAUGGUGCCAGAUGAAAACCUGACCAGCAAUGCCUUCUUUGAACCAAAUGAUGUGCUGAGAAAUUGCUAUAUUCCUGAUGAAGACGAUGAUGACACAGAUGAAGAUGAUGGGACUUGUCCAUUUGAAAAAAUGGCAAAGAAAAUGGAGAAACUUGUUGAAGAUGGUGGGGUUGUGAAAAAGAUACUGACACAUGGAUCAGGCAAUGUUAUACCUGAUGGAUCCAUUGUAACCAUUCACUACAAUGGCUUUUUGGAGUAUUCAGAUGAACCAUUUGAUUCCUCACGCUUACGAAAUGCUCCUGUCAAAAGACAGUUGGGAAAAGGACAGCUACUAGAAGGAUUAGAGAUAGGAAUUUCAACUAUGAAGAAAGGAGAAUUGUCCAGGUUCAUCAUUAAACAUGAUUAUGCACUUGGAAAACUUGGCUGUGCUCCUCGGGUCCCACCUGAAGCUACUGUGAUGUACGAAGUGGAGCUGAUGAGUUUUGUGGAGCAUGCUGGACUAGAUGAAUACAAUUUUCUAACAGAGGAGGAAAAGAGAAAUUUGAAAUUUGAUCAGCUUAGGAAAGUAUACACUGAAGAAAGACAGCAUGGAAAGCAGCUUUUCGAUGCUGAACAAUUUGGGAAAGCAUAUCGUCAUUAUAGGAAGGCUGCCACAAUUCUGGAGGAAUAUCGCCUUAAGGACGAUGAGGAGGAACGAGAACAGCAACAAAUGCUUUUCAAGAUGUACCAUCACAUGGCAGUGUGCAGCGAUAGGAUGGCCAAACCUGGUCGCUGUAUUAGCUACUGCAAAAGGAUGAUGGAGAUCGAACCAGAAAAUGUCAAGGCACUCUACUUUUUUGGGAAGGCACUGCACCAGCAACAGGAGUUUGAUCGAGCGCGUGGUUACCUGAUCAAGGCUCAGCGUAUGGAGCCUAGCAACCGCAGCAUCAAUGAACAGCUUGCCAAACUCGAAAGGGAUGUUAGGAAUUACAAGGUAAUGGAAACCAACAUGUACUCACGGAUGUUCUCGAAACCAAAGGGACAAACACAGGAAGAGAAAGAAAAAGAAAAUGAAAAAAUAACAGUGAAAGAAAACAAAGCUCUAAAUUGUUCUGAAGCAUUUGCUGAUCUUGCAAGGACCCAGCUGAUAGCAUUCCGAGAUGAUUCCAGUCGAACAGAGAUGCCCUUUCCAUCGGUCAACUUCAGCUUAGGUGAAAUUGAGUGUAUAUUGGAAACAGCUACUGACUUAGGACUAGAUGCUAAGGAGGUCGGAAGUGGUCAAAGUUAUCGGAUAAAGUUAUAUAAGAAGGAGUGAAGAAUUCGGAAUCAUUACCAUAAUGAAGUAGUCGAAGCAGAAAUAUUACAAUUGGAGCAUUGAAAGAAUGAUUUCUGAUUUUGAGGAUGCUGGAAAUUGUAAAUGAUUGUCUUUUUACAAGGAUAUAUGCAAGAUCCAUGCUGACAAAAAUGAUUAUUUACAAAUUGGACAAGGAAUGGUAAUGGCAUGAAUGGGCUGUCCGGAAUCAGUGUUCUAGGCAGAACGUGGUACAGGACCAAUCAGAGGUCCCAAAGUAUCGCCAGCCGUGAGACUCAUUAUAUAUUGUUUGGGGUUACACAUCAGUCCCUGACACAUGAUCUAACUCGGAUAUGAUAAGGUGGAUAUUUACUGCAAAUACAUCAGCAGUUGGCGGAUAGUAUCGUAGAGGUUAGUUUGUUCACUUUAAAUGUUGCUGAUGAGAAUGACAGAUCUUCGUGGGCCAGCUGAUGAAAAUGUUUUAAAUGUUGCUGAUGAGAAUGACAGAUCUUUGUUGGCCAGCUGAUGAAAAUGUUUUAAAUGUUGCUGAUGAGAAUGACAGAUCUUCGUGGGCCAGCUGACGAAAAUGGCAGAUAUAGUGUCGGAUCUGAAAAAGAACAACUACCUCUCAGUCAUCACUGAGUGAAACAAAGCCACAGCAACCAUGAUGUGAGGAUCCGCCCGAUCAUGGCUACAGUUCACAUUUUCCCUUUAUAUACAGACAAUAUGUAGAUAAGGAUUCAUUUUUAGAUUUUAUACAUUUUAUGGUUAGAUAGAUGUAAAUCUGCAAAAUACUUGUACUGUUUUGGCACUAAAAUGAUAUUAUGUGAAAAUACUCCCUGGUUGGUCUGGAAGGAGAAGUAGGCCAACAAAAAUAAUGAGGUGGGCGGGACAGCACAGUUUCCCCACCGUGACAUGAUGAUGUGUAGAGGUUCUUAUAAUGAAUGUUAAUUAUAAUUCAUAAAAUGUUUUCAUAUACAAAUCCAAGUUUUUAAGAUGUCAAGUUGUACAAUUUUUAUUCUUAUUAUUUUAUUCUUAAUUUUUUAUGUUUUUUUUUGUUUUUUUUUUUAAUGUUUUUUUUUUAUAAAACUUUCUUUAAACAAAGCAGUAUGACAUACUGGAUUUCAUUUGAUUAUUUUCAUUUCCCCACUUUUUAUUGGGGAGGUGAGGGGGAUGCGGAUGGGUGCUGAAACUGUUUGUUAAGUUACUUUUUAAAUAUGUAUAUGUAUGAACCUCUGUAUUAAACUUGUAUAUUUUGAGAAAAAGAAAUGCUGACAAUUUUUUUAUUUCUAGAUCUUGAAUUUUGUCAUAAAAUCUGAUUUCCUCUUAAGUUCGUUAAAAACAUUGAAAAUAAAACCAUUUUUGGAUUGCUCUCUUGGAUUUUCAUUUACUGGUAUCAGAUUUUAACAAAUAAGCCCAAUUACAAACUAAAGGUUCAUAACUUCAUCUGAAGCAAACUCAAUAUAUGUACAAUGUAUACUGAGAUUAGUUAUUAAAGAAAACAUUGUAUAGUACAAACAACCUUUGAUAACAUUUCUGUGUUCAGAUAAAUUUUUGUGGAAAUGUUUAUUAUAAAUUUAGAUUUUGACAAUUUAUUUAGAUAUGAUAUGAUUUCAUUGGCUAAAAAAUUAAGAGGAGGAAGUUGUCACAUUUCAAACUAAAAAAUGUAUGUACCAAGAUUUCAAUUUACCAUAAAAAUGUUGAAAUCAAUUAUGUUGAACUUACAUGUAAAUUUUAUUGUUACACUUAGAAAAAAA